AUGGAUAACCAGGCAUUUGAAAUGCAUGGAGAGAGCCUACAAAGUUCUUCAAAAGGAGAAGAGUGGCCAAAGAAAGAGGAAAGAAAGGGCAGCUGGUCCCUAAUGAAGGUCUUUCUAGUUUGUCUAUUGGCCUGUAUUAUCACCACCACAAUAGGAGUGCUGGCCCUGUCCUUGGUCUAUGUAAAAAACACUGCCUUUAUGAAAGAGACGGGUGUUACAGACGAUGGUGCAACUUCCCCAAAACCAGAUGAAAAAAGUGUGGAUAUCAAAUACCAGUUCCUGAAUCAUCUGGGGAAAUCAAAGGUAUAUAACUACCCAGGCGGUGAAAUUCAGUGGGCAAGAUUCAGGAAGAAUGUAAAUGAAUAUCAAAGCGAUGAAGAAAUGGAAUUUGGAAAAAGUAUCAAUAAACAUGGCUCCAAAAUGACUUUUGGAACCUUACGGAUCAAAAGCAAAGGGCUUCGGGCUCCCCAUUGGCAUUUUAAUGCCAAUGAACACGGCUACCUGCUGCAGGGUACUGCCUGGAUUGGAGUAAUUGGUGCAGAUGACAGCGUGGUUACCACAUACAAUGUCACGGCUGGUCAAGUGAUCUUCUUCCCUAGAAACACUGUGCAUUGGCCACAAGGUGGAGUUAACUUCAUCAGAACAUUCAAGAAACAAGUAGAAGAUCAAGCAAUUAACCUCCCACCAAAUUUAAAUGAACUUGUACAAAAUGCUACGUAUGUGCAGUCUCCAGACAAACUUGUAUGGCAGUACUUCUACGAUCUCAAAGGGUCAGCAAAAUAUCCUUUUCCAGGAGGAAUCUUCCAGUGGGCUCGCUACCGCAUAAAUGGCACUGGACUAAAUGAAACAGAAAAAAUUUUUAGUGAGUCACUGAACAAGCAUGAAAAUACCCUUACCUUAGCAACUCUCAGGAUAUUCAGCAAUGGACUGGGGCAGCCUCACUUCCACUUCAAUGCUAACGAGAUGGGUUAUGUCAUUAGCGGCUGUGGACAGGCUGGAGUUAUUCUCUCUGGAGUCACUGCCAACUUCAACAUUGGCAUUGGAGAUGUCAUAUUUUUCCCUGUUGGAACCCAACAUUAUAUCAAGAGCUUAUGUGAUGAGGAUUUGCUUUUGAUUCUAGCCUACAAUACAGGAAACCAGCUGGAAACUCUUCGAAUGAAUGACUACUUCCAUGGAACGGCAGACCAUAUCCUCGCUCAGCUUUUUUGGAAGGAACAGGCUGAGUUUAAGAAGUUCCCAAAGCCUGCCAAAAAAUCAGGCAAAUAA